GGAGAAGCAUUACUCCUUUUACCAGCGAAACUCAAAGUUUCCGAAGAAACAAUCAAAUUUAGUUUUCUUCAAUCGAUGCCUGCACCAUCUCUAUCCCCUGUCUUAUCCAGUCUUCAAAAUUUGAAACAUUUUUCUUGUUUCUCUGCUGUAAAACCCAAAUGGAACACAAACAGCAGUCUCAUUAUAACAAACCCAAUUCUCUUAAUCAUGGAAUCAUGCAAUUCAAUGUACGAACUAAAACAAAUCCAAGCUUAUAUGACUCGAAAUGGUUUAAUUGCUCAUCUGUUUCCUGUAAGUCGACUUCUAUCCUUCUGUGCUCUCUCUGAUUCUGGAAAUAUUAAUCAUGCCCAUCUUCUUUUUUCUCAAAUUUCAAAACCCAAUAUUUACAUUUACAAUACAAUGAUUAAGGGUUACUCUAAAUCUCAGUUACCCAGAUUGUCAUUCUUGUUGUUCCGUUUUCUGGUAAGAGAAGGAAUCGAAAUGGAUAAUCGAACUUUUGUUUUCACACUCAAGGCUUGUGAGCGGUUUCUGAGAUUUUCUCAAGGUGAAGAGGUACAUUGUCAAGUUUAUAAACUGGGUUUUGCUUUCGACGUGUUAGUUUUGAAUGGGUUGAUUCAUUUCUAUAUGAAAUCUGGGUCUUUGGUUUUAGCACGGUAUUUGUUCGAUACAAGUUCCAUAAAAGAUGUCGUUACUUGGACGACUAUGAUCGAUGGGUAUGUGCAGAAGAAUUUUCCUCAUGAGGCUAUGAAGCUAUUCUAUUCGAUGUUAUCGACAAAUGUUGAACCUAAUGAGGUUACUAUGAUUACGAUACUCUCAGCUUGCUCCCUGAUGGGGAAUUUGAGCUUGGGAAGAUCGAUUCAUGCGUAUAUUGAGAAGAAUAAUGUUAAACGUACUCCUAAUUUGGUUAAUGCAUCAGUGGAUAUGUAUGUUAAAUGUGGCUGCUUAACGACUGCAAGAGAAGUUUUUAAUAAAAUGGAAGCUAAAGAUGUCUUCUCUUGGACUAGUAUGAUCAGUGGCUAUGCGAAAGAUGGAAAUUUAAACUUGGCAAGGAAAUUUUUUGAUGACAUGCCUGAAAGGAAUGUUGUAUCUUGGAAUGCUAUGAUUGCAGGUUAUUCGCAAAAUAAUCAACCCGAAGAAGCAUUGAAACUUUUCCAUCAGAUGAAGGAGAAGGGUGUUAAGCCUAUAGAGGCAACACUUGUUUGUGUACUCUCUGCCUGUGCUCAAUUGGGUUGCUUAGAUUUUGCUCGAUGGAUAUACAAAUAUUACGUUGGUCUUAAGAAAGUUCAGUUUAGUGUUACUCUGACUAAUGCAUUCAUAGACAUGUAUGCUAAAUGUGGUAAUCUGGAUGAGGCUGCAAAGCUUUUCAACAGUAUAACAAAGAAGGAUUUGGUGUCUUGGAAUUCCAUGAUCAUGGCUUAUGCAACUCAUGGAUAUGCUGAGAAGUCCCUAAACCUUUUUGAGGAAAUGAAGAGAGAUGGACUGUGGCCUGACGAUAUCACAUUUGUGGGCGUAUUGUCAGCAUGUUGCCAUGGUGGGUUGGUCAACCAAGGUCGUUCUUAUUUUGAGAUCAUGAGAGAAGUAUUUAGGCUAGAGCCAAAAGCAGAGCACUACGUGUGCAUGAUUGAUCUACUUGGUCGAGUUGGUAAUUUGAAAGAGGCCUAUGAGCUGAUAAAGAUAAUGCCUAUGAAACCAGACGAAGCUGCUUGGGGUGCACUACUCAAUGCAUGUAGAAUGCACAAAAAUGUGGAGUUAGGUAAAUUUGCUGCAGGUAAACUUCUAGAUUUGAAUCCUAAAGAUAGUGGAGUUUAUGUGCUUCUGGCAAACAUGUGCGCUGCUGGAAGAAGAUGGGAGGAUGUAAGGAUGGUUAGAAGAAUGAUGAGAUCCCAGGGGAUUAAAAAAACUCCAGGGUGUAGCUCAAUAGAAGUUGAAGGGGAGUCGCAUGAGUUUGUGGUUGCAGAUAAAUCACAUCCUCGAUAUCAGGAGAUUUAUCAACUAUUAGAUGAUAUUUUCUUUCUAUUAAGGUUAGAAGGUUAUAUACCAGAAACAUCACAAUUUAUGAGCUUACAUGAGGCUGGUCAUGCGGUCAUGACUUAACAGUUAUCUGCUAAAGGAAAUUGUAUUUUCAUUAAGCAACCUUGUUAUCGCAAGUGACAGCGGCAAGAACUAUGUGAAGCAAAGUAACAGUGUAUACUUCACUAAAAUACAGUGAGGAUAAGACAUAGCUCAGCUAAAGAAAGUAAGAAACCUACCGAAGUAGGUUGCAGAGGAUUGGCCGUCUGUUGGCGAGGAUGAUAACACGAUGUGACCAGGGCAUCACCGGAAAACAGAUGACAAGGACUAGGUCGGCUUCACAUGACAAAUGGAGAUUAAAAUGCAAAUUUUUCUUGAUGCCUAGGAAGCUCAUCAAGGAUCCAUGGCAGGAAAAUGCAGGGGUUGAAUGAGAAGAGAGAACAACACUAUUUCCUGUACAAGCAAAUCAAGGAAGCGACUGAGCCUUAAAUAUUAGGAUUUGUUUGUCUUGUAUCUAAAGGAGACUGAGUGUGUUGAGGGAGUUGAUGGUUUUCGGCCUUGGGCUUUGUUGGGUUGGCAGUGGAUUCACAUACUUGCAGUUGGGGCAAGAUGGUGAUGACUUGCAGAGCAUGACAAGAAGAUGACAUUUCAAACAAGC